AUGGCAGACACUGCUGAAUUUUUGUUGUCCCAAGUGGGGUGCCUGCCCGCCGGCAAUGGGAAUGAUACAACAGCGACCGAGGAGUCACAGAAGGACAUCGACAUGAUUCAUUCAGGCCCCAACGAACAGCCAGGAACAAUCUUGUGUACCGCUGAUGGGUCUGGGGAUGACAGUGUCACUACAGGCGAGGGUGGUGAAGUUCAUUUUGAUGCCCAGGAAGCAAUCUGUCCACCCAAUAACCCAGACGAGAAAAACACGACCGAGUCAACUGAGCAAAAUGAUACUCAUCAGACCACUGUCUGCACCUCCUCUGUGGAAUGGGGCAGCCCUCUCGGAUGGGCGGUGGAUGGUCUCAAGGUCUCACCCAAAUGGGAGUGGAGCCCAACGAUCCAAUCCAUAGAGGCAGCACUCAAGUCCCGGAUCAGGCCAAACGAGCAAUACAACAUCUCACCCAUGCGGGGCGGAACCUGCAGCAAACUCUACUCAGUCGACUAUGGCGGUCAUGAGUACGUGUUGAAAGUCACGCUCCCCGUCGCCCCUCGGACAAAGACCGAGAGUGAGGUCGCUACAAUGCGGUGGAUGCGCAAAAACACCAACCUCUCGGUGCCACGCGUUAUCCAGUACGAUUCCUCCGCAAACAACCCAAUCGGGUGUGAAUGGAUUCUGAUGACACGCAUUGAAGGCCGGCCGCUCUCCUCGUAUUGGUGUGAGAUGGAGUUUGGCUCCAAAGAGCGCAUUGUGAUGCGUAUAGCCGAAUUCACCGCACAUAUUUACAAUCACCAAUUCACCGGCAUCGGUAACAUCUAUCCCUCACCCCUUCCCAGCCCCGUCAGGAGACACCAGGUUGGCAGGAUCGUAUGCCCACGCUUUUUCUGGCAUAGGGGUCCCGAAAUCGAGCGUCAGCAGGGGCCAUUCAUCACGACUCGGGAGUGGGUCCUUCGGAGACUCAACAUCGCACACGAACAGCUUCGCGAUCGCUUUCAUGGGAUGAAAAAUGGCCCCAAGAAGGAUGUGGAUUUGAUCUGGCGCAUGCUGAAUAUGAGUGGGGUUGGGUCCCGGCUGUGGAGGUUGUAUGAUGUACUCUUCCCCCGGAGGAUCAAGACUGAGGCCCUCAAGAAGUAUCCGGCAUACGGGCCCGAAACGCAGCAGACACUGACUGGCGACUUGCGCCAGGCAUCGGUACAAGACACGGACCAGCAUAUGAAUGGCUGGCCAACUCCUAUGCAGAUUGACUACGACCAACGAGACAAAACUAGUGCGGAUUAUUGCAAUACAAUUGCAAAGCCUGACCUUGCCGACAUAACUCGUAUAGCCUGUGGGAAUAUCUGCAAACUCUCACAAAGAGCGAGUGAUGGUUGUACUACGCAGGAUUCCCAACUCAACACACAAUAUGAACUCCCAGCGCAACAUAUUAAAACCUGGGAACCACUCAAACCAGACUUCAAAGAUCACAUUGGUGCUGACGCGGACCCAGAUCCAGAUCCUGAGCCGACUAUGUUGUGGCGUACAAAUCUCUCGGCGGACGAUAUUUUUGUUAAUGAGAACGGCAUAUUGACUGGCGUUGUCGGCUGGGGCAGUGUACCAGCAAUACCAGUAGCCAUCGCCUGCGAUUGGCCCGCGUUCUUGCACGAAGGUCGGCACCGAGUUACGGAGCCCCAGAUCAGACAUUACUACGACCGUGACCAAAAAUGUCUCAAGAUGAACUUCUGGCGUGCCCUUCGAGACUGCGAGCGGACACAGCUGCGGAAACUGUUCACCGAGGAGAUGGCACGACUGUGCCCACGCUGGUACGCUACAUGGCAACGCGAGGCACUGCACCGUGACUAUGAAGCUGCCGUCCAACAUUGCGAUAACGUGAACUUUAUCGACAAGGUGGAACAAUGGUGCGACCAGGUUGAGGCAGCGCUCGAGAAGGGCCUGGAGCCCAAGCCCCCGCAUGUGAUGAGUCUGGCGUGCGCCGUGACGGAAGGGCCAGAUUGGACAAGCUGGACUGACCUGGAUGAUUUGACACCGAAAUGGGUGACAAAGCGCCAAGAACAUGACCGCGAGCUGGCGGCCUGGUGCCAGCGUGUGGCCAAGGUCAAGUAUGCUAGAGCCGAGAUCAGGAGAGCAAAAUCCGUCCGACAGAAGGCAACCAAAGCCAGAAUUGCCGCGGAAGCUGACCUCAGGCACUACACCCAAAAGUUCGAGGUGGCGGCAAGGGCGGAACAUGAGGCGGAUACCAGGUUGGCGCAGGACAAGAUGGCAAGCGCAGAGGUCAGGCUUAGCUCGGCUAAGAGGAAGGUCAACGCCGCGGGCUCCCGGUUGCUGGCCGCGGAAGAGAAAAUAAGAGAGGAAGAGGAGCCGCGAGCGCGAGACCGCGAGGCCUGGGAGUCGCUACGGAAGGCGCUGGUCAAGGAAUUCGGCGAGGACAACUACUGGGUCCGAGAGACGAGGUAUACGCCGAGAGAUGCAGGCGAAGCGGCUGGAUCCCCACGAGGCACAGCACCAGCAGACGGGGAUAUGGAAUCUGAAAUAUCAGAAGAAGAGUGA